AUGGGUAUCAAGCAUCUGUACCAAGUCAUCAGCGAAAAUGCCCCCGACGCCAUCAAGACCGGCGAAAUCAAGAAUCAGUUCGGGCGAAAGGUUGCCAUAGAUGCCUCCAUGAGUAUCUACAGCUUUCUCAUCGCCGUCCGCUCCGAUGGGCAGCAACUCAUGAGCGACACGGGCGAAACAACCUCGCACCUGAUGGGCAUGUUCUACCGCACGCUGCGCAUGGUCGACAACGGGAUCAAGCCGCUCUUCGUCUUCGACGGCGCGCCGCCCAAGCUCAAAUCCGGCGAGCUCGCGAAGCGCUUCCAGCGCAAGUCCGAAGCGCAGGAGGCGCACGAGGAGGCCAAGGAGACGGGCACGGCGGAGGAGGUGGAGAAGUUCUCGCGGCGCACGGUUAGGGUGACGCGCGAGCACAAUGCAGAGUGCCAGCGGCUGCUGACGCUGAUGGGGAUCCCGUAUAUCGUUGCGCCGACGGAGGCGGAGGCGCAAUGUGCGGUGCUGGCGCGAGCUGGCAAGGUCUACGCCGCCGCGUCCGAGGACAUGGACACCCUAACCUUCAACUCGCCCGUGCUGCUGCGCCACCUGACCUUCAGCGAGCAGCGCAAAGAGCCCAUCCUCGAGAUCCACCUCGACAAGGUGCUCGAGGGGCUCGAGAUGGAGAUGCCGCAGUUCGUGGACCUCUGCAUCCUGCUCGGCUGCGACUACGUCGACCCGAUCAAAGGCAUCGGCCCCAGCACGGCCCUAAAGCUGAUCCGCGACCACAAGAACCUCGAGGGCGUCGUCGAGUUCUUCGAGACGAGCAAGAAGUACAGCCUGCCCGAAGACUGGCCCUACAAAGACGCGCGGCUAUUGUUCCUCGAGCCCGACGUCCGGCCCGCAGACCACCCCGACUGCGAUUUCAAGUGGGAUGCCCCUGACGUCGACGGCCUGAUCAAGUUCCUGGUGGAGGAAAAGGGCUUCAGCGAGGACAGGGUGCGCAAUGCGGCGACCCGGCUGCAGAAGAACCUCAAGAGCGCGCAGCAGAGCCGGCUGGAGGGCUUCUUCAAGCCGAUGGACAGGACGCCGGAGCAGCAGGCGGCGCUGAAGCGGAAGAAUGAGGCGAAGAUUGAGGACAAGAAGAAGAAGCAGAAGCAGGUCGCCAAGGAGAAGAAGGAGGCGAAGGCGAAGCCCAGGGGUGGAUUGUGA